CCUGUACGCCUCAAUACACGCCUCCACGGCGCCGGUCCUCUGCAUGUUCAAAGGAAGCACGGUCCGUCGGGCUGCUGAAGACGCCCACUAUGUCAAAAAGCAUAUCAUAGUAGAGAAUCUGCCCCGGACUGCGCUUGUAGCAGAUAUUCGAAGGACUCUCAGGCGUGAACGGGUUGUUGGCGUAGACGACGUUCAAAUUGAUCUGUAUCGCUUUUCCUCAAACCGUCGUGCGUACCUUACACUGUCACACCCGGACUUUCUUCAACAGAAUAUCGCAAAACUCGAAAAGGCGUCCGUUGGGGGAUUCCUCGUCACUGCACACCCAACAGAUGUGCCUUCCGUCAAUUCAGAGUUGCGAGGCGUUAAGGGACGUCAACUAGCUGCAAAGCGUGGCGCUAUCACCGGAACAGGGCCGUCCGGAUGCGUUCCAAACAACGGAAGGCAUGUUUGUAUAUGGGGCCUACCGCCUAAAAUUUCUUCGGACAGCAUCAAAGAAUACCUCCAGAAGUUCGGACUGACUAAAUUGGACGACAAGACAGAAAUAUACCAGGUUCCAGUUUGGAUCUGACUCGUACCAUAUCGUCCGACGUAUUCAUAUGACUUACUUCCAGCCUGAGGUGUUCGGGAGAAAAUUUCAGGUGCAUGCUUGCGUAGUUCGCUGAACGUUCAGUCUUAAACGGUCGAGCGGUUGUCGUAUCCAAGCUCAUCUGCUGCCGGUGCAACUAGCAGUCUACGGAACCCGAGUAGAACGGUACAUACAGUGUUGGUAAUACAAGUGUUCAAAGCGA